AUGGCGACAGAAUGGAGCGGGCAGCAGGGCUACGUUCUCACCGUCAUCAUCUGCCUGUGGGGCGCCGCGGGCGGGCGCACGCACGCGGCGGGGAGCGGAGCGGGAGGAGGUGCAGGACCAGGAGGAGGACCAGGACCAGGAGCAGGACCAGGAGCAGGAGCAGGAGGAGGAGGAGGAGGAAGCGGGACCCAGGUGCUCGGGAUGCGGCUGGAGAGGAGCGACAGACCGGCGGGCACCGGUGAGGACGGCGUCAUCCAGGUGACCGAGCACAGCACCGUGACGCUGCGCCUCUACGGGCUGCGGCUGCACGCGGGCGCGUGGACGCAGGUCCGGUUCACGGAGGUGGCGGAAGACGCGGAAAGGGACGCGGAAAGGGACGCGGAAAGAGACGCGGAAAGGGACGCAUCGGGAGCGGAAAGAGACGCGGUAAUAGACGCGGUAAGAGAAGCGGAAAGAGACGCGGCAAAAGCGGCCAACGCGGCCCGCGCGUGCACGGACUUCACCAAGGACUUCACCAUCGACCACUUCGUGAACGUGAGCGACCGCUGGGGCACGUCGGGUUUGCUGCGCGUGCACGUGAAGCCGCUGCGCAAGAGCGAGCCGCGCAAGCAGUACGCGCUGUGCACGCCGCGCGCGCGCGCGGUGGACGCGGUGGACGCGUACGCGGUGGACGGUGGAGGAGAACUGGACGGUGUUUUGGACGGUGAUGGAGACCCUGUUGUUGUCUGGGAGCUGCUGGGGGGCAGCGACGGGCGCGUGCUCGUGCUCGAGGAGAAGAAGCCGCUCAUGCCCACGUGGCUGGAGGUGAUCCUGAUCGCGUGCCUGCUCGCGCUCUCCGGGAUGUUCAGCGGGCUGAACCUGGGCCUGAUGGCGCUGGACCCCAUGGAGCUGCGCAUCGUGCAGAGCUGCGGCACGGAGCGCGAGCGCAAGCACGCGCGCAAGAUCGAGCCCAUCCGCCGCAAGGGCAACUACCUGCUCUGCUCGCUGUUGCUGGGCAACGUGCUGGUCAACACCACGCUCACCAUCCUGCUGGACGACAUGACGGGCUCGGGGCUGGGCGCGGUGGCCGCCUCCACCGUGGGGAUCGUGAUCUUCGGCGAGAUCGUGCCCCAGGCGCUGUGUUCCCGCCACGGACUGGCCGUGGGCGCCAACACCAUCAUGGUCACCAAGCUCUUCAUGCUGCUCACCUUCCCGCUCUCCUUCCCGGUCAGCAAGCUGCUGGACGUGCUCCUGGGCCAGGAGAUCGGCACCGUCUACAACCGGGAGAAGCUGGUGGAGAUGCUCAGGGUGACGGAGCCCUACAACGACCUGGACAAGGAGGAGCUGAACAUGAUCCAAGGGGCGCUCGAACUGCGCACCAAGACGGUGGAGGACGUGAUGACGCCGCUGGCCAACUGCUUCAUGAUCCGCGCCGACGCGGUGCUGGACUUCGACACCAUGUCGGAGAUCAUGGAGAGCGGCUACACGCGGAUCCCCGUGUACGAGGAGGAGCGCGCGGGCAUCGUGGACGUGCUCUACGUCAAGGACCUGGCCUUCGUGGACCCCGACGACUGCACCACGCUCAGGACCAUCACCAAGUUCUACAACCACCCCGUCCACUUCGAAGCUGCUGGUGAACGUCACGUUCUCCAGAUCCUCCACAAACUUUCCUGA